AUGUGGAUGAAGCAACAGACCCCCCCCCAGAGCAGCAGAAUGAGCCCAAGAGCAUCACUUCAGGUGGGAGAGCAUGCAGCCGUAGGCCCAGCGGCUUCGGGGGCCGGGGGCAGCGCCGAGGGCCUCGAGGAAAUGACCGCGGUCCCACCAGCACGACGCGUGGGUUGCACCUGGGCACGGACCCCGGGACCCUACGCGGGGGCCCUUCGGGAAGCCGUGUCCCGCAUCCGCCGCCACACCGCCCCAGACUCUGACUCGGACGAAGCUGCGGAACUUAGCGUCCACAGCGGCUCAUCUGAUGCGAGCGACACAGAGGCUUCCAGCACCUCCUGGCGGAGUGAGCACACCCCGCCUGGGGCUGGGUGCUCCACGGGGCCGCCCCGGGAGGGGAUGAAGAGAGUGGAGCUAAGAGAAGGUAUCCGGGAGAUUCUAGGUGUCAUAAGCCGAAAGGAGGAGGCCCUCCUCCGGAUGGGGGCAACCCAGAGGAGCCCGCAAGGAAAUAGGGAGCGGCGGUGAGACCCCCUUCUUGUAGUUUUCCUUUCAACCCGUUCUUGGGCCACCCACCCUGUUUUUCUGUCUUCCUUUUUGCUUCUGUUGACCUUGUACCCUUGCCCCCGACCUGAAGUGGAAGGCUCCCAGGUGAAAAACCAUGGGCUGCUUGCCCAUUCCUUUAUUUUUUCAGGAGAUGUGGGAGUGAGCAGCAGUCUUUAAUGGCGGCCCCAGGCAGGGCACUUAGGCCAGGAUGCCUUGGGGUGGGUCUUCAGUAGGGGCUGAGGCCGCUCCUGUGGCGCUGAGCAGGUAAGCCUUGUCAGCGUCUGCUGUGGGUGAGAGCAGAGAUGGCGGCGGUCACAGGAGGGCAGAGUCUCCACGGACCGCAGGGAGAACUUGAUGUUUGGCACUGAGACCUCCUGGAGCGCUGGGGACCGGUGACCCAGGGGCUCUUGGGAGGAGAGAAAGGAAGGAGUUUCGAACCAGUCAACACCAGCUAUGAGCACACACACUGUGGUGGCCCCACCCCUUGGGUUUCCAUUCCCAACUGACUUCCUCUGCCAGGCCACCUGGCAUGGGAAAACAGACCAUCCUCUGAUCUCUGACAUGUCAGCAUCUUGGGGCACUCUUCAGUCUCACGGUUCUUUUCAUAAGCCAAGGAUGAGAGUGGGGCACCGAGCCUGGGGGGUCUCUGGGAGGGUUUUCCAGGUCUCCUGUGCUCUCCCUCCAUUAAGGACACAGAGCGUCAAUGCCACAGCAUUGUUGUUUGGGUCCAGCGUUCCAGGAGCGGAGCGCCAAGGAGGAAGCAGGCCUAGGAGACUGGGUGGACUGGCCCUGGGCUUCAGGCGAGGGCUCCAGGGGAGGGCUCCCCUCUCGGGCAGCUCUGGCUUGGUCCCUGGCCUGUGGUGGUGGGAGCAGCCAGGAAAACCUCUUAGGAGCUUCUAGGCCUUCUCGUUUCCCUCCUCCCCACUGUUCCUGACUGAUGCUUUGAAAAGUCCGCCACGACUUUUCAGGUUGUUUUCACCCACCGGCGAGCACUCGGCAAUUCCCCCUUAUUGCUGCCUCUUACAGAAACCCUCUGGGGAGGAAGCGGGAGGCUGGUCCCAAGCAGCCUGGAGGGUGUGAUACUCAUCAUAGCCACUGCGGGGCGCGCGCAGGUCGCGGAUUCCCCGGUUGCUAGUCCCGACCCCCCACCCCGUCCCACCCAGAGCCCGCAUUGCCGGUUAAUCAAUGGACACCGACCUACUGCGCACCUGUCCCGCGCCCGGUGGCUGUCAGCCACGCGGGUCCGGAGCAGGCCUUAGAGAGCGCACCCCUCGGUGUGCUAAGUCACGCCUAGCAGCUUGGGACCCAGACCUUUUUCUCUCCAGUCCCGGCCAUCUCCUCUGUCUCUGCCAUUGACUAGGUAGCCAUGUGACCUUGGUUGGAUCACUUCACCUCCUGGAGCCUCAGUUUCCCUCAUCUGUCGGAUGAGGGUUUAUAAACACCUACCUCGCAGGGUUGUUGUGAGGACUUAAUGAGAUAACGUAUGUAAAGCGCCUAGCACAGUGCCAGGCACACAGUAGGCGCUCAAUAAAUCUAAGUUCCCCUUUG